AUGAAUGCAACUGAUGAACAUGAUGAGGAACCACUUGGAGAGAAGUGGGUCUGUCAGAUCAUGGCAGCAGAAGGAGUCAUUGGUGUCUUAGGGAACCUCUUGGUGUGCUACGUCAUCAUACGCGUAAAAUUUCUACACAACAUGACCAACUACCUGCUGGUGAAUUUGGCUGUUGCUGAUAUGCUGCUGUGUCUGCAAGUAUUCUUGUAUUAUCUAACAUCACACUGUAAGCUUAUUGUUUUUGCUCCAGUAAGCAACGGCGUGAGAGACUUGUUCUGCCGACUUUUAGCAUCCAAUUUUUUAGGAUGGGCUUUGUCCUAUGCUUCUGCCUACAAUCUCUGUGUGGUUACAUUAGAGAGGUACAUUGCCAUAGUACACCCUCUACACUAUGCGAGGAAACUCACAACAGCACGGAUGAUUACUUUAAUUGUUCUGAUGUGGAUGAUGUCAUUUCUGAUGUCUUUACCUCAUCUAUUCACAAUCGCACCAAGCAAUGGCCAGAAGAAGAUUUGCUCAAUGAAAUACCCUCACCGGUUAUUCCCAAUUCUACUCAGCAUAUUUUCAUUUUUCUUUGGAUAUUUGCUGCCACUCACAGUAAUGAGUUUGGCCUACUAUAGGAUGCAGGUCACUCUCAAAAGACAAGCAAAGGCCCUGAAUCUUCAACAUGCAAUGGCAGCAGCCUGUAAUCUUGUGAUUGCUAGACAGAACCUGGUCAGCAUGCUUAAAACUGUCUUAGGAGCUCUCAUUGUCUUAUGGACAGUUGAUUAUUUAGCUAUUCUUCUCUGCUUGCAGCGGACAAACGAGGCUCAGUUCACGUUCUGUGGAUCGAAGGUCUUCCGUUAUUUCCGAAUGUUUUCUAAUUUACUGUUUAAUUUCAAUUCAGUCAUCAAUCCCUUCAUCUAUGAGUUUAAAUACAAGAAAUUCAGGCAAGGUUUUAAGGAAGCUUUCUGCAACUGUUUCAAAAGGCAGGGUGGUAACAGAGUUGACGUUCAGAUGGCACCCAUAUGA